AUGGUUAACACUGGUUUCAGAGUUGUGUUUGAAUCUAAGAAGGUAAGCGUGCUUGUAGCGGAUCCACUUAACACCAAAGUAAAUGUCAAGGCUGAUUUGAGUGAACUGGAGAAAGGAGAUGAGGUUGGUGGGUGCAUGAACAAUGUUCCAGCUCAUCUUGGUUGCAAGAAUCAUUGCUGUAGUGAAGGAAUGUUUUCACCGUAUGAUGGAUGUGGUGACUGUGAGACAAACUUCAAUCUAGAGAUGAGGAACUCUUAUACCCCUGAAGUAAUUGACUGGAAUAAAGUAAAUAUUCCUCCAAAGUCAGAGUUAUUCAAACUGCUGCUGUACAGGAUUUCCAAUUCAAUCAAGCCAGACUGCAAGGUGCUUAUAGCUGGUGACCAGUUCAAAUGUCAUUCACUUGUACUUCAGAGCUAUUCACUGUAUUUUGAUGACAGGGAGCCUGGAGAGCAGUUUGAAUUGCCAAAGGAUCAUGUUACAACAAAGGCUUUUGCCACUAUUUAUAAGUGGAUGAUUUAUCCAGAUCCAGAAAGUCACCGUCUACUUACGAAAGAGAAUAUCCUUGAAGUAUUUAAGGCAGCACAAUUCCUUGGCAUCAAAGAACUAGAAGAACAAUGCUGGACUUUCAUUGACUGUGAAGAGCUCUUCUCAGAAGAAUCAGCAUUCCGCAUGUUCUUGAAAGCUCGUCACUUCGGUAUGCAGGCUAUCACUGAGUUAAUGGUUCCUCGAAUCAUGAAUUUCUUCCUGACUCUUGUCAGCUCACGCAAUUUCCUUCACCUUGAUGUUGAUGAGCUUUGCACAAUCUUGCAGUCAAACUACAUAGCCGUACACUGUGAGAUUGAAGUCUUCAUGUCAGCGGUUCGCUGGAUAAUGUUCGACUGGGAAAAUCGAGAAAGCGAAGUAGUUGAAGUGAUGCGGUGUAUACGGUUUGGUCUGAUUCCGCCGUGGCAGUUAGUUGAUAUCAGGCGAAAUCCAAAGAAUCCAGAAUUUAUAGAAAUAACAUCCAAUGCCGAAGUCCAGCAAAUGGUGGAGAGCGGCUUAGAAUACGCAAUCGUGAAGUACUGGUACGGAAAUAAUAUUGAUGAAUUUAAUCGCUGGUGUUCAAAGCUCGGCCUGGAUGCACCAUGUCCUCGGAACUGGAUUGGAGAUGAUAAGAACUAUGCAACGUACCAAGAGUUUCUGCAAGACCUUGAACUGUACCGCCGCAACGCUCUGGAAGGACGUUCUGCAGAGACAGGGCAUCCACCUGCAGCGAGAACUCCACGCCAGGAGGCGGCAUCAGCACCUGCCAGUCGGCUAGAUGGAGCAAACCAGGCAAAGGAUUAUACAAUGCCCCGACCGCAGGGCGGCGGUGCAGGGCGUCCGCAGGACCGAGGAGACGCGCGGGAGCCGGUCAGUACCGAUACGUCGACGUCGACGGGCGAGGCUCGCGCAAUGGGGCAGUCUACGACGGCGGACAGCGAAUCUCCAGGGGACAGCGCGCCGGCGCCGCCACCGCCCCCGGGGGUUGAGGGGCUCUGCCUGCAGAUGGACCGGCCGCCGCUGCACGUGCCGCGACGCGCAGCACCGCUGGAGGAGCUCACGAGGCGGCUGAGCGCGUCGUUGCUGGGCCCUGUGACGCGCGACUACCUGGUGGAGGGGUCGCUGUUCCUGGCGCAGAGCGAGUCUGUGCUGGUGCUGGGUGGCGCCGACCCCACGUGGAAGCCGGCGCCGGAGGGCGCGCCCGCCGUGGGCCGCGAGCUGCUGCGCCUGCGCCUCGACGCCGGCUGCUGGGAGCACAUCGCGCAGCUGCCCGAGCCGCGCCAGCACCACGCCGCCGCCUUCCUCAAGGGGCACGUUUACAUCGCUGGUAUACAGAAAGCGGCCGAUUCUGGGGAUGCUAAGGCAAUGUACGAUGGUAUUAAGAAAGCAAUUGGACCAACUGUCAGAAAAACAGCUCCUCUGAAGUCCAAGACUGGUGAAGUCAUUACUGAUGAAGGUAAACAAAUGGAACGCUGGGUUGAACACUACCUCGAGUUGUAUGCAGCCGAGAAUGAAGUUAGCAAGGAUGCAUGUGACGCCAUCAAACCAAUGCCAGUUAUGGAAGAACUAGAUGCAAUGCCUACUAUGGAAGAACUUAGUAGAGAAAUAGAUUCUCUUGCUAACGGAAAGGCCCCAGGCGGCAAGGACCCGCGCGACUCGGCGGCGCGCAGCCGCGGCGGCAUCACGAGCACCGUCUGGAGCCUGGAGCCGGCGUCCCGCACCUGGAGCGCCGAGCCCGACAUGCUCACCGCCCGACAGAGCUUCGCGCUCGUCGCCUGCUCCGGCCGCCUCUACGCUAUCGGCGGGCAGGACCGUAGUGGCAGAGUGCUGCGGUCGGUGGAGCGCUUCAACCCCGUGUCCGGCGUGUGGGAGUACGUGGCGCCGAUGCGGGAGGCACGCAUGGGUCUGGCGGCCGCCCAGUUCCGGGGGCUCCUCUGGGUGGCCGGCGGCAUGAACGGCGAGCGCUCGCACACCAUCACCGACACCGUCGAGUGCUACGACCCCCGCAGCAACGCGUGGACGAUGUCGGCGCAGCUGCGGCAGCCGGUGUGCUUCUCGCGGCUGCUGUGCCUGCAGGACACGCUCUUCCUGGCCGGCGGGGCCACGCGGGCAACACGUGACGCGCCCAUCGGCAGCAUCGACAGCGUCGACGUCUGGGACCCCACGCAGGGACGCUGGUGCGUGCGCGCCAAGCUCUCCGUUCCCCGACACGGACACGCCGUCGGGUACAUAGGCACGCACCUGCUGGUGGUGGGCGGCCUGACGACGGUGUACGUGCGUGCGCUCAGCUCUGUGGAGGCGUUCUGCUGCGAGGCGGGAUCGCGCGUGCGCAGCGUGCCGGACCUGCCCGCCGCCGUCGCCGGCCACGACAUCGUCACGCUGCCGCCGGCCGCACUCAUGUGA